UACAUUCAUAUCACAGUUGUAUAUGUUCCAUUACUUAUUUAUUCACUCUGCUUCAUGUAGCAGCACUCCAAUUCAACCCCCUGGUAUCCUCUGCUUCUUUUGCCAUGUCUACACCAGCGGAAUACUACCGAUCUCUACCUCCGGUGAGCAAGACUUUUGGAGUGGCCUGUUUGAUGACUACAACUGCCUUUACCCUGCAAUUUGUUAGUGCUCAGAGCAUUUAUCUGGAUUAUGGCCUUGUCUUUAAACAAUUCCAGGUUUGGAGGCUGUUUACCAAUUUCUUCUUCCUCGGACCGUUUUCGCUCCCGUUUGCUAUGGAGAUUUACAUAAUAGCAAAAUAUGGUGUGUCACUGGAGAGAGGACCCUUUGACAAGAGAACUGCAGACUAUGUGUGGAUGCUCAUCUUUGGAGCAAUGUCGCUUUUGGUGAUGUCUGUUGUUCCACUUUUGUGGUCUCCGUUUAUGGGGACUUCUGUGGUUUUCAUGAUCGUCUAUGUUUGGUCUCGUGAGUUCCCAAAUGCACGUAUUAGCGUAUAUGGGCUUGUUUCCUUGAAGGGGUUCUAUCUUCCGUACGUAAUGUUGGCUUUUAAUGUGUUGGUGGGAAACCCUUUGAAGCCAGACAUGUUAGGGAUAGUUGCAGGACAUCUCUACUACUUUCUGACAGUGCUUCAUCCUCUUGCUGGUGGAAAAUUCACCCUCAAGACUCCUCUAUGGGUGCACAGAGUAGUAGCCUACUGGGGUGAGGGAACCCAAGUGAAUGCUCCAGUGCAGAGCAGUCCAUACGCCGGAGUUGCAUUCCAAGGUAGAAGCUUCCGACUCAACGGAAAUACUCGAAGAACACCCACUCCGGAGCAGCCACAAACAAACACCGGCCAGCAGCCUAAUCAGGGUGAUGGAGUUGCUUUUCGGGGAAGAAGCCACCGACUCGAUCGUAGUUAGUUAGCCUUGUAGCUAGCUUAUGUACGAUUCCUAAUCACUACGUAUCAGGUCUAUUGAAUGAUGGCCUUCAUAUUAACAGACAUGCGUUAGUGGAAUUACCAUCCAUGAUUAAAGGCAUGUUAUAUAACGACAUGCAUUAGUAAAAACUACCAAAAAAAAUGUGGGCAAUUUCGCACAAAAGCCAUAUCAUAUUCCGACCCCUAGCAAAAUCCUAAUUUGAUUGAAAGGUGAGGUCACUAUGACCCUUCAAAAAGCAUUUGAAAUACUCAUGGGGGUUCUUC